GUCCAGAAUCAAAGAAGAGUAAACGAGUAUCCCUAUACUCAAUAUCUCCCUAUACUCAAUAUCCUCCGCAAUCAGAUCCACAACAAAUCAAAAGCAAUAAAUUCUACAAACGCGCGAUUCAAAAAGCGACUAAUAGAUCCAUCUACUACUCUCAUUCACAUUUUCUUCAUCGUCACAGUUUUUCUCACUCUCAACAAUGGACAAAUCAAGCGCGUUAGAGUAUAUCAAUCAAAUGUUCCCCAACGAAGCAUCACUCUCUGGUGUUGAACCGCUAAUGCAAAAAAUCCAGAACGAGAUUCGUACCGUUGAUGCUGGAAUUUUAUCUGCUGUUCGUCAACAGAGUAAUUCAGGCACUAAGGCUAAAGAAGAUCUCGCUGCUGCAACUCGUGCUGUUGAGGAACUUAUGUAUAAGAUUAGAGAAAUAAAAACUAAAGCUGUUCAGAGUGAAACAAUGGUUCAAGAAAUAUGUCGGGAUAUUAAGAAAUUGGACUUUGCAAAGAAGCAUAUAACUACGACGAUUACUGCCCUUCAUCGUCUCACAAUGCUUGUCUCUGCUGUUGAACAACUCCAAGUGAUGGCUUCAAAACGACAAUACAAAGAGGCCGCUGCACAGCUGGAGGCAGUGAACCAGCUAUGUAGCCACUUUGAGGCCUAUAGGGAUAUUCCAAAGAUCAUAGAACUGAGAGAGAAGUUUAAAAAUAUCAAGCAAAUACUCAAGUCGCACGUUUUUUCUGAUUUUUCUAGCUUAGGCACUGGAAAGGAGACCGAAGAAACCAAUUUGCUACAGCAGUUGUCUGAUGCCUGCCUGGUUGUUGAUGCAUUGGAGCCUUCAGUAAAGGAAGAAUUGGUGAAUAAUUUUUGUAAUCGGGAGCUUACUUCGUAUGAGCAAAUUUUUGAAGGAGCUGAACUAGCGAAGUUGGAUAAAACUGAAAGAAGAUAUGCAUGGAUUAAACGACGAAUGCGAUCAAAUGAAGAAAUUUGGAAAAUAUUUCCAUCUUCGUGGCAUGUAUCUUAUCGUCUGUGUAUCCUAUUUUGCAAGAAAACUAGGAAACAACUUGAGGACAUUCUUUCUAAUUUAAAGGAAAAGCCAGAUGUUGGGACCUUGUUGUUGGCUUUGCAGCGAACUUUAGAGUUUGAGGAUGAGUUGGCUGAGAAAUUUGGGGGAGGCACUCAAAACAGAGAGAUUGGAAAUGAGAUUGAAGAAAUAGGAAGAAGUCCUAAUUCUAGUAGUAAUGCUUCAGAUAUCCGGAAGAAGUACGAAAAAAAGCUUGCUGCACAUCAAGGAAGUGAGAGUGAAGAAAGAGAUGGAAGCAAAGAUUUGGCAGUUCCUGGAGCUGGGUUCAACUUUCGUGGAAUUGUUUCAUCUUGCUUUGAACCCCAUUUAACAGUAUAUGUAGAAUUGGAAGAGAAAACAUUAAUGGAUAGUCUGGAGAAACUUGUCCAGGAGGAGACAUGGGAUAUUGAGGAGGGAGGUCAGAGUAGUGUUUUAUCCAGUAGCAUGCAGUUGUUUCUAAUAAUCAAGAGAAGCUUGAAGAGAUGCAGUGCUUUGACGAAGAGCCAGACACUAUUUAAUUUGUUUAAGGUUUUCCAAAAAAUUCUUAAAGCAUAUGCUACAAAACUCUUUGCAAGACUCCCAAAGGGGGGCACGGGAAUUGUUGCUGCGGCUACAGGCAUGGAUGGGCAGAUAAAGACAUCUGAUAGGGAUGAACGAGUGAUUUGUUACAUUGUCAAUUCAGCUGAAUAUUGCCAUAAAACGGCUGGUGAACUGGCUGAGAGUGUUUCUAAAAUAAUUGAUCAUCAAUUUGCAGAUGGGGUGGACAUGUCAGAAGUUCAGGAUGAAUUUUCAGCCGUUAUAACAAGAUCAUUGGUAACCUUAGUGCAUGGCCUGGAAACCAAAUUUGAUAUUGAAAUGGCAGCAAUGACACGUGUCCCUUGGGGUACCCUUGAAAGCGUUGGUGAUCAAUCGGAGUAUGUUAAUGCCAUAAAUUUGAUUCUAACCACUAGCAUUCCUACACUUGGAAGUCUUCUUUCACCUGUCUACUUUCAAUUCUUUUUGGACAAGCUUGCAUCUUCUCUGGGCCCACGCUUUUACUCUAACAUUUUCAAAUGCAAGCAAAUAUCAGAAACUGGAGCUCAACAGAUGCUAUUGGAUACGCAGGCAGUUAAGUCAAUGCUUCUUGAAAUUCCUUCCCUUGGUAGACAGACAUCAAGUGCUACAAGUUAUUCCAAGUUUGUAAGCCGUGAGAUGAGCAAAGCUGAGGCCCUUUUGAAGGUUAUACUUUCUCCAGUUGAUUCUGUAGCUGAUACUUACCGUGCACUGCUACCUGAGGGUACACCCAUGGAAUUUCAGCGGAUAUUGGAGCUUAAGGGACUUAAAAAAGCUGAUCAACAAAGCAUACUCGACGAUUUUAACAAACAUGGUCCUGGAAUUAAGCAAACUCAGAUUACACCUGCAAUUGCCCCAGCUCCUCCGGUAGCUCCUGUAGUACCUAGUCCCACUGCUGUUGGACUCGUAGCUUCACGGGAGGAUGUUCUAACUAGAGCUGCUGCACUUGGACGAGGAGCUGCCACCACAGGGUUCAAGCGGUUCCUAGCACUAACUGAAGCUGCCAAAGACAGGAAGGACGGGCCUUUCCGGAAGCUCUUUAACCCCUAAUAUAGAGUAAUACAGUCCUUUUUUUGUCAGAGCCCAGAAGCUUGUAAAUUUUUUCUUUUCCUUUUUGUUGAUUUAGUUGUUUGUUUCUUUGCGCUUUUCUUCCCCUUGAUUCUUUAUGUAAGGUCAAUAUCAUACUUAUCUGUAAUUUACACAAUCAAAUGGAAGCUGAUUUUGCAAAUAAAA